GAGUGUGUACGUGUGGCAGCUGUGCGGUGCAUUCGCCUCCACAGAAUACGCGGAUCACACGGGCUGUCAACUUUUCGUGGAAAAUGACGAAGAUCACAGUAGUCAAAACCAAGGCUUAUCCCGACCAGAAGCCUGGCACGAGUGGACUGAGGAAAAGGGUGACAGUCUUUCAAACGAAUGAGCACUAUGCGGAGAACUUCAUUCAAAGCAUUAUCUCUUGCAUCGAACCAGCGGAGCGUCAGCCUGGACUGCUCGUAGUGGGAGGCGAUGGAAGGUUUUUCAUGAAAGAUGCCAUUCAGUUGAUCAUCCAGAUCGCCGCUGCUAAUGGGGUCAGUAAUAAUGCUAUGUUUAUCCACCUGUAGUGCCUAAAACAUGACGGAAACCUAUGCCUCACCCCCAAACAUGCAUACCAUAAGCAGUUAGUCUGGCGUCUUUUGACAGCUCCCAGUGUUGACAGUGACAGCUCCAAUCAGUGGUACAUUGUAGGGCUUCAUCAUUUCUGAAGUUUGGCGGAUAUAUUGUUGCUGAUGCCGAUGAAGAUACGUUAUUAUUCAUUUAUUUUGGAUACAGAUGGCAAUUCUGUCUUAUAACAAAAUAAAAUUGAACAUUUUCUUCUUCUUUAACCUUUAUUUAACUAGGCAAGUCAGUUAAGAACAAAUUCUUAUUUACAAUGACGGCCUAUGGGACUUCCAAUCACAGCCGGUUGUGAUACAGCCUGCAAUCGAACCAGGGGUUCUGGAGUGACGUCUUAAGCACUGAGAUGCAGUGCCUUAGACCGCUGCGCCACUCGGGAGCCCAAAUAGCCAGGGCCUGACUACCGCAUUUGGUGCCCAGGGCCACGCGACCCCAAAUAAUUUUGUAGGAUACAAAAAAAAAGAAAUUAGCUAACUUACAGCAUUUCAACACAUUUUGCCAUGGGGCAGAUAAUUUGUUUUGCUGUUUUAUAGCUCCUCUCAUGCUUUUAUUCACAUUUUGCCAUGAGGCUGAAAUAAUUUAGCAGUUGUAAAGCUAAUUUCCUGCUAUUCUACACAUUUUGCCAUGAGGUUGAGAGAACAUUUUGCAGUUUGAAAGAACAUUUCCUGCAAUUCUACAAAUUCUGCUAUCAUAUGCUAGCUGGAGGCCCCCGACCUCCAGGGGGGCCCAACUCCCUGGAGGUCAGGAGCCCCGUGGCACGUGCCUUGCGUGCCCUUCGGUAAACCGGCCCUGCAUAUACAGUGGGGGAAAAAAGUAUUUAGUCAGCCACCAAUUGUGCAAGUUCUCCCACUUAAAAAGAUGAGAGAGGCCUGUAAUUUUCAUCAUAGGUACACGUCAACUAUGACAGACAAAAUGUGGGGAAAAAAUCCAGAAAAUCACAUUGCAGGAUUUUUUAUGAAUUUAUUUGCAGAUUAGGGUGGAAAAUAAGUAUUUGGUCAAUAACAAAAGUUUCUCAAUACUUUGUUAUAUACCCUUUGUUGGCAAUGACACAGGUCAAACGUUUUCUGUAAGUCUUCACAAGGUUUUCACACACUGUUGCUGGUAUUUUGGCCCAUUUCUCCAUGCAGAUCUCCUCUAGAGCAGUGAUGUUUUGGGGCUGUCGCUGUGCAACACAGACUUUCAACUCCCUCCAAAGAUUUUCUAUGGGGUUGAGAUCUGGAGACUGGCUAGGCCACUCCAGGACCUUGAAAUGCUUCUUACGAAGCCACUCCUUCGUUGCCCGGGCGGUGUGUUUGGGAUCAUUGUCAUGCUGAAAGACCCAGCCACGUUUCAUCUUCAAUGCCCUUGCUGAUGGAAGGAGGUUUUCACUCAAAAUCUCACGAUACAUGACCCGAUUCAUUCUUUCCUUUACACGGAUCAGUCGUCCUGGUCCCUUUGCAGAAAAACAGCCCCAAAGCAUGAUGUUUCCACCCCCAUGCUUCACAGUAGGUAUGGUGUUCUUUGGAUGCAACUCAGCAUUCUUUGUCCUCCAAACACAACGAGUUGAGUUUUUACCAAAAAGUUAUAUUUUGGUUUCAUCUGACCAUAUGACAUUCUCCCAAUCCUCUUCUGGAUCAUCCAAAUGCACUCUAGCAAACUUCAGAGGGGCCUGGACAUGUACUGGCUUAAGCAGGGGGACACAUCUGCACUGCAGGAUUUGAGUCCCUGGCGGCGUAGUGUGUUACUGAUGGUAGGCUUUGUUACUUUGGUCCCAGCUCUCUGCAGGUCAUUCACUAGGUCCCCCCGUGUGGUUCUGGGAUUUUUGCUCACCGUUCUUGUGAUCAUUUUGACCCCACGGGGUGAGAUCUUGCGUGGAGCCCCAGAUCGAGGGAGAUUAUCAGUGGUCUUGUAUGUCUUCCAUUUCCUAAUAAUUGCUCCCACAGUUGAUUUCUUCAAACCAAGCUGCUUACCUAUUGCAGAUUCAGUCUUCCCAGCCUGGUGCAGGUCUACAAUUUUGUUUCUGGUGUUCUUUGACAGCUCUUUGGUCUUGGCCAUAGUGGAGUUUGGAGUGUGACUGUUUGAGGUUGUGGACAGGUGUCUUUUAUACUGAUAACAAGUUCAAACAGGUGCCAUUAAUACAGGUAACGAGUGGAGGACAGAGGAGCCUCUUAAAGAAGAAGUUACAGGUCUGUGAGAGCCAGAAAUCUUGCUUGUUUGUAGGUGACCAAAUACUUAUUUUCCACCAUAAUUUGCAAAUAAAUUCAUUACAAAUCCUACAAUGUGAUUUUCUGAAUUUUUUUUCCUCAAUUUAUCUGUCAUAGUUGACGUGUACCUAUGAUGAAAAUUACAGGCCUCUCUCAUCUUUUUAAGUGGGAGAACUUGCACAAUUGGUGGCUGACUAAAUACUUUUUUCCCCCAGUGUAGCUAGCUAUAUUUGCAUCCUCAACCCUUUAGGCUAUAGCCAAAGGCCAGCAGAUGGCGAUAUUGAGUCGUUUCAUCUUACCGUACAAAGGGAAUGUGUGCAGCUGGCUAUACACUCGUAUCCCCCGUGGCUAGCUAGCACCCAGUGUUCCUCACUAAUGCUUGCAUAACACCUGGCCUCGCCUUCGUUAACAGAACUGCGGGAAAACAGUGCCUGACAGGCGGGGGUGAAGUGCACUGUCUACCGGUGUGCUAGCUAGCUACCUAUCCUGCCUCCCGCCUGCUGUGUACCGCCGGAGUCCUAGCUAGCACAGUGUCCUUCGUUCCCGCCUGCCAAACACCUGCCAUCGUUAACAGAACUGUGGGAAUGCAUUGCCCGACAGGCAGGGGCAAAGAACGCUGUCUACGGUUGUCCUAGCUAGCUACCGUUGUCGCCCCCGCCUCUUCUUCUUCUGUGGGGUUUAUCAGUGGUUGGCAUCCAACGUUAUGGUGCAUUACUUCCAUCUACUUUACUGGAGCGCCCACCCGCCUCCUGUCUGUGUACCGGAGUCCUAGCUUAAAAAUUGACCAAUAGAAGUAUAAAGUGGGGUACCUGCAGAUGCACAGCCGGGUUCUGUUCGUUGCCUCUGCGACUUUAGAGGAAAGGGGGCGUGGUGGUAUGCUGUCACGUAGCUCAGGCACAACAUGAGCACUAGCAACACAAUGUUCAGACAGACCAACGUCAUUAUCACACCAUAUAGCUCCAUUAUGAUCUGUCCCGUAUGAUCCUGCACAAAAUGAACAUCAUGAUCAUCACAACUCUAUACGCAUCUUAUUCAUGAUGUAUAACAUAUUGCUUCUUUAUUUGCGACCUAUGUGAUUGUCACUUAGACAUUGUAUGUAGGCCUAGACCUAUUAGGUAUGUGAAAGGGGAUGUUACCCGGAUGUAGUCACAAAUAGACUGAUUAGAUGCCGCCCCGUAUUGAUAGCAGUAUUGUAAACCGAAUAUCCCACCAACCCCCUAGACCAAGGUUUCCCAAACUCGGUCCUGGGGCCACCCCUGGGUGCACGUUUUGUUUUUUGCCCUAGCACUACACAGCUGAUUCAAAUAAUCAAAGCUUGAUGAUGAGUUAGGUAUUUGAAUCAGCUGUGUAGUGCUAGGGCAAAAACCAAAAGGUGCACCCAGGGGGGGGCCCAGGACCCAGUUUGGGAAACCCUGCCCUAGACAUUGUUUACUUUCCAUACUAUCCCAUGUCACUCAGUUGCUUGUUUAGCUCCCACUUAGCAGCCUGACCUCACCAAUGGCAUAUUGGGUUGAAUCUGUACACUCCUCUUCUAUUUUCAUCCUUACGUGUGUAGACUGGAUAGGUGAAUGUAAUAAAUAGGACUUACAGUUUAAUAUAUGAAACAUAACAUCGGAGAAUGAUAAUCUAUCCAGUGUUCUCUCCAUCCCUCCCUCCCUCUCUCUCCUCUGUCUCAUGCAGAUCGGCCACCUGGUCAUUGGUCAGAAUGGCAUCAUGUCUACCCCCGCUGUGUCCUGUGUGAUCCGCAAGCUCAAAGCCGUGGGAGGAAUCAUCCUCACAGCCAGCCACAACCCCGGUGGCCCUAACGGAGACUUUGGCAUCAAGUACAACAUCGCCUCUGGAGGUGAGAUGGGACGGUAGGGGAAGGAGAGAGAUGAAUUGGAGAGGUAGGAGACAGGAAGGGGAUAAACAGGAAAGGGAGAAGAGAGACUGGAAAUAGAGACAGGAGAGGGAGACAUGGGGAAGAGGAGGGAGACAAGGAAGGGAAAAAAGGGAGAGUCAGGGGAAAGCCAUAUGGGACAGAGGCCAGUCAGGCCCAGGGACGAGACUGGGCUGGAGGGUAACAUUUAAACUUUACUUAGCCUACCGCUGUAACGAAGAUGGAGGAAGUUUCAGGAUAGAAUGAGCAGAGCAAUGCUGUCAUACUUCAAUCAGUCAUUUUAUGACAAAGUUUAGGAUGCCUAGUGAUGGAGUAUGGCUGUUUCCCUGUCUUACAUAACAUUUCUCUAGCCACUUCCUUAUCCUCCUCUCUGUCCACAGGUCCUGCCCCAGAGGGAAUCACAGACAAAAUAUUCCAGAUCAGCAAGAGCCUAACAGAGUACCACAUCUGCCCCGACCUCAAGGUGGACAUCUCCAAGAUCGGCAAGCAGACCUUUAAGGUGGACACAUUCAAGCCCAUGACAGGUACAGUAGAAUGGGCGGGAAGUCCAGUCUCAACUGACUGGGAUGGGUUAGCUUGGAGACCAAUCCUGGGAGAAGCUCACUGGUACAAAUCCUUGGGCAAGGCACUCAAGUUCAGGUGUAUUAUUGCAAUCAGUAAAGUAUUUGUAUAGUGUCUGUCUUCUAGUUUUCUAGUUGUAUGUCUUCUCCUAAGUCUAGAAACAGAAUACAUAAGCAAUAAGGCACGAGGGGGUGUGGUACAUGGCCAAUAUACCACGGCUAAGAGCUGUUCUUAGGCGCAAUGCGGAGUGCCUGGAUACAGCCCUGGUAUAUUGGCCAUUUAUCACAAACCCCAGAUGUGCCUUAUUGCUAUUAUAAACUGGUUACCAACGUAAUUAGAGCAGUAAAAAUAAAUGUUUUGUCAUACACCUGGUAUACGCUCUGAUAUACCACGGUUUUCGGCCAAUCAGCAUUCAGGGCUCGAACCACCCAGUUUAUAAAUACAGUUAGUACAUCUAAUCAAUCCUAAAUGCUGUUUGUCCUCAACAGUGGAGAUUGUGGACUCUGUGGAGUCCUACGCAGAGAUGCUGAGGGGAAUCUUCGACUUCAAUGCCCUGAAAGAGCUUGUGUCUGGAGCCAAUCACAUUAAAGUCCGUCUGGACGCAAUGCACGGAGGUACUCAACAUAUACUGUAGAUCACUAAACCUCUCAGCUGACUGCUGUAUAAUACCACAGGUCCCUCUAUUGACAAUGAUCUGUGUGCUUGUAAUGACUUGUCUAAAUGUUUGUGCUACAGCAUUAGCUACAAGGUAGAGAUGGCGGCAGGUAGCCUAGCGGUUACGAGCGUUGGGCCAGUAAUCGAAUCCCAGAGCCGACUAGGUGAAAAAUCUGUCAAUGUGCCCUUGAGCAAGGCACUUAACCCUAAUUGCUCCUGUAAGUCGCUCUUGAUAAGAGCGUCUGCUAAAUGACUAAAAUGUAAUAAAUUAGAUUCCUGCUCUCAGUACUGUUUGUAUCUUCAGUACUGCGUGACUUAUUGUCCAAUAGUCUGAUCUCUCAACAAUGCUGUUUUCAGUUCAGAUAGAUUCCCAGCAGACACACAAUGUCCUGUACAUCCACACCUCUAUCCAUAAUGAUCUUUACUCCCUUACCCACUUCACAGUGGUUGGACCCUACGUGAAGAAGAUCGUCUGUGAGGAGUUGGGUGCUGCCGCCGACGGUGCCUUCAACUGUGUCCCCAAGGAGGACUUUGGUGGUCACCACCCUGACCCCAAUCUGACCUACGCCUCUGACCUGGUCAACGCCAUGAAGGGAGGAGAGUACGACCUCGGAGCCGCCUUUGAUGGUGACGGUGUAAGUUGACAGUCGGGGGAACCAGUUCCAGAUUUCAGCCUCAUCUCAUCCUUGCAUAGUUGAAGUUCAUGCUCCAGGUCUUGUUCAUCACUCGGCUGAAGGAAGCCUGGAAUCGAGGCUAUUCCUUGCAUGACCCUUGUCCGUAGUACCCGUCCAUGAAUCAGCCCACAAUCCAAACCUCUUUAUAUCUCCUGCAGUCUGUUCAGAUGCUGAUCCCUCCUCUCCUACCCUCUCCUCUCCUCUCCUCUCCUACCCUCUCCUCUCCUACCCUCUCCUCAGGAUCGUAACAUGGUCCUUGGAAAGCAUGGCUUCUUCGUCAACCCCUCUGACUCUGUGGCCGUCAUCGCAGCCAACAUCACUUGCAUCCCCUACUUCCAGAAGACUGGGGUCAAAGGUCUGGCCCGCAGCAUGCCCACCAGCGGCGCUCUGGACAAGUGAGCCUAACAUCCACUCCACUCACAGUCCAUUCCUAGCUUCUUCUUGAUUGUGCCUUUUAAUGUUUAUUUAUGACAUUUAUUUUACUGGGACAGUGCACAUUAAUCAGCAUUUCAGUUUCCUCAUUAAUGUUUAACUGGCGGAGUUAGCAUAAGAGCUCAUUUGAAUGUCCUAUCGCUGUCCCUCAGUGUGGCUAAAGCCUUGAAGAUGAAUCUGUAUGAGACUCCUACUGGUUGGAAGUUCUUUGGCAACCUGAUGGAUGCUGGCAAGCUGUCUCUGUGCGGAGAGGAGAGCUUUGGCACUGGUGAGUUAGGAGGACAGGGAUCUUAUCAUAACCUGAUCAGGGUGAUGGCAGAACUAGAGACAGAGCGGUAGAUACUCACUAAAACAACACACACAUUUGUUUACAUUGUCAGUUGUGUGAUGAGCUUUGUUAUUGCCAGCCUCCAGCCACAUGGCAGGAUUUUUAUUAAGCUUACCAGCCUACAUAGUGAACAUUGCUCUCCUUUUCCAAAGACCAGAAUUUCAGUUAUACAGCAUAAUGUAGCCUUUGUAUGCAGUAUAUCAGCUCUAGUCGUUUGAUAAAGAGAAUCAGUGGUGUUACCAAGACAUUGUGGUGAGAGUGCUUUGUACACCACCACCCUGCUUCCCCUCUCUUCAUUGUUUACUAAAGGCUCUGAUCACAUCCGUGAGAAGGACGGCUUGUGGGCGGUGCUGGCCUGGAUGUCCAUCCUAGCCCACAGGAAGCAGAGUGUGGAGGAGAUCAUGAAAGACCACUGGAACAAAUUUGGCAGGAACUUCUUCACCAGGUUAGUGGUUGAACUCUGUUUCUCUGCUGCCCUCCAGUGGUGCAGUCUGUCUUGCUCAGGGCCACAUUGUGUAGGGCAGGACUUUGUUACUCAUAGAGUAGUAGAGUACUUAUAGAACUAUUGUUAGGUUUUCUUUUAUAUCAAGUUCUUCAAUGAUGGCCUUCAUAAAUGUUCAUUAGGUGAUCCAUUUGAUUUAUUUUAACACCUCAUCUCUUGGAGCAUGCACAUAUUGACAGUUGAGAGCCCCUAUUUAGUCUUCAUAUGAAGACUGUUCCCCCCCCCCCCCCCAUCCUGUCUACACCAGGUCUAACCCCCCACCCUGUCUACACCAGGUCUAACCCUAACCCCCCCAUCCUGUCUACACCAGGUCUAACCCUAACCCCCAUCCCGUCUACACCAGGUCUAACCCCAAUCUCGUCUACACCAGGUCUAACCCUAACCCCCCCAUCCUGUCUACACCAGGUCUAACCCUAACCCCCAUCCCAUAUACACCAGGUCUAACCCUAACCCUGCAUCCCGUCUACACCAGGUCUAACCCUAACCCCCCCACCCCCAUCCUGUCUACACUAGGUCUAACCCCCCACCCUGUCUACACUAGGUCUAACCCUAACCCCCAUCCUGUCUACACCAGGUCUAACCCCCCACCCUGUCUACACUAGGUCUAACCCUAACCCCCAUCCUGUCUACACCAGGUCUAACCCCCCACCCUGUCUACACUAGGUCUAACCCUAACCCCCAUCCUGUCUACACCAGGUCUAACCCCCCCACCCUGUCUACACUAGGUCUAACCCUAACCCCCAUCCUGUCUACACCAGGUCUAACCCCCCACCCUGUCUACACUAGGUCUAACCCUAACCCCCAUCCUGUCUACAUCAGGUCUAACCCUAACCCCCCCACCCCCAUCCUGUCUACACCAGGUCUAACCCUAACCCCCUAUCCUGUCUACACCAGGUCUAACCCCCAUCCUGUCUACACCAGGUCUAACCCUAACCCCCCACCCUGUCUACACUAGGUCUAACCCUAACCCCCAUCCUGUCUACACCAGGUCUAACCCUAACCCCAUCCCGUCUACACCAGGUCUAACCCUAACCCCCAUCCCAUAUACACCAGGUCCAACCCUAACCCCCCAUCCUGUCUACACCAGGUCUAACCCCCAUCCUGUCUACACCAGGUCUAACCCUAACCCCCAUCCUGUCUACACCAGGUCUAACCCUAACCCCCAUCCUGUCUACACCAGGUCUAACCCUAACCCCCAUCCCGUCUACACCAGGUCUAACCCUAACCCCCAUCCCAUAUACACCAGGUCCAACCCUAACCCCCCAUCCUGUCUACACUAGGUCUAACCCUAACUCCCCAUCCUGUCUACACCAGGUCUAACCCUAACCCCCAUCCUGUCUACACCAGGUCUAACCCUAACCCCCAUCCCGUCUACACCAGGUCUAACCCUAACCCCCAUCCCAUAUACACCAGGUCCAACCCUAACCCCCAUCCUGUCUACACCAGGUCUAACCCUAACCCCCAUCCUGUCUACACCAGGUCUAACCCUAACCCCCAUCCUGUCUACACCAGGUCUAACCCUGCAUCCCGUCUACACCAGGUCUAACCCUAACCCCCCAUCCUGUCUACACCAGGUCUAACCCUAACCCCCAUCCUGUCUACACCAGGUCUAACCCUAACCCCCAUCCUGUCUACACCAGGUCUAACCCUAACCCUCAUCCCGUCUACACCAGGUCUAACCCCAAUCCUGUCUACACCAGGUCUAACCCUAACCCCCAUCCCAUCUACACCAGGUCCAACCCUAACCCCCAUCCCAUAUACACCAGGUCUAACCCUAACCCCCCAUCCUGUCUACACCAGGUCUAACCCCCAUCCUGUCUACACCAGGUCUAACCCUAACCCCCCAUCCUGUCUACACCAGGUCUAACCCUAACCCCCCAUCCUGUCUACACCAGGUCUAACCCUAACCCCCCCAUCCUGUCUACACCAGGUCUAACCCUAACCCCCAUCCUGUCUACACCAGGUCUAACCCACAUCCUGUCUACACCAGGUCUAACCCUAACCCCCCAUCCCGUCUACACCAGAUCUAACCCUAACCCCCAUCCUGUCUACACCAGGUCUAACCCUAACCCACAUCCUGUCUACACCAGGUCUAACCCUAACCCCCCCCAUCCCGUCUACACCAGAUCUAACCCUAACCCCCAUCCUGUCUACACCAGGUAUGAUUAUGAAGAGGUGGACUCAGACAAAGCCAACACCAUGGUCAAGGAGCUUGAGGCUAAGAUGUUUGACAAGUCCUUUGUGGGCCAGAAGUUCUCGUCGGGAGAUAAGAGCUAUGAAGUGGCUGUCUCUGACAACUUUGCCUACACCGACCCUGUGGACGGCAGCGUCUCCAAGAACCAGGUGAGAGACGAGACCAAAAAGGCAUCUAGAGAGAGGCAUCCCAGCAUGGGACAUGGGUGUGGUGGAUACAAUUCUGUCAGUAUAUGUUAAUGAUUAAGAGUGAUGUAUAGUUACGACAAUAUUAUUAAUCUAAUGUUGAUAGUUCAUAGAAUGUUGAUAGAUGACCAGCACAUUUCCUGCAAGCGGCACAUAAAGAUCUUAAAAAAUAGAAUUAUUAGUUCUGCUCCAUAUUCCCAGUAUAUUGAGUACCUCCUUAGUAAUAUCUCUCUCUGUGACUCAGGGUCUGAGGAUCAUCUUCUCCGACGGCUCCAGGAUCAUCUUUCGUCUUAGUGGGACAGGCAGUGCCGGGGCGACCGUCAGGCUCUACAUAGACAGCUAUGAGAAGGACCCUGCCAAAAUCUACGGCGACGCACAGGUGAGACCUGGGAGCUGAGGAGCAGCAGGGCUUUUCUCUGAUUGGAUGUGACAGGGUUAUUUUAAAGCCACAGUGGGGGAACCCCUGUACUUGUCAUGAUGAUUCAAUGAGAGAUUAAGUAUUUCUACACACACACCCCACACACACACAAUUCCAAGGUUUGUUACGCUGUCAGAGGGAAUAGCCCCCAAAAGGCUUCUCCUCGACCUGGAAAGGAAGGCAUCGAAUUUAAGCCUGGCAGCCAGAUUGUUUUGGGUCGUCAGGUCCAACAACAGUGCCUUUCAGAACUCUUAGUUGACUUGAAGGAGAAGGAAUGUUUGGCUAAGAGUUGUCAUGGUUGAUAUCAGGCCAUGGGGAAAAAUAAGAUCGAAAAGCACAGGGUUGACACUUCAUAAAGUCAUUCUGAGUCGUCUGGGCAGGAGAGACUGAAUGAUGGAGUGAGAAAGACAAACUGACAGAAUGGGUAAAAACUCCAUGAUAAUCAUUUUAGAUAAAGGGGGCCCUCUAUGGCACUGAUUCAUUUAGGCCCAUUUCUAUUGGUUACAAAUCUAAAAGGAUUGGAUAGGUGAAAGCAAUAGGGUAGCGGCUCAGCUUGGCCUAUUCGAGGGCUAGGUGGAAUUAUUUGUUUAGUCUGUAACUGUAACAUAGAUGUCAGUGGGGUUAUAGGAAGAGGCUAUGACCAAGUGAGACUGGAGUCUAAUGGUGACUGUUUGGCUUCCUCAGGUCAUGCUGAAACCUCUGGUGGAGAUUGCACUGAAGAUCUCUGGGCUCCAUGAGAAGACUGGCCGCACCGGGCCCACUGUGAUAACAUAGACUGCUGGCCCUGCCCCCUACUGUGAUAACAUAGACUGCUGGCCCUGCCCCCUACUGUGAUAACAUAGACUGCUAACCCUGCCCCCUACUGUGAUAACAUAGACUGCUAGCCCUGCCCCCCACUGUGAUCACAGACUGCUAGCCCUGCCCCCCACUGUGAUCAGACUGCUAGCCUUGCCCCCUACUGUGAUCACAUAGACUGCUAGCCCUGCCCCCUACUGUGAUAACAAAGACUGCUAGCCCUGCCCCCCACUGUGAUCACAUAGACUGCUAGCCCUGCCACACCCUUCCAGGUACCUCCGGUUGUCCUAUCAACCGUUCCACUUGUGCCUCUGAAGAACAACCUCACCUGUACCGUAAAGCCAUUCAAACAAAGCCUUGAAAGGUAACACUGCCAUUCCCAAU